ACCUCAACAGUACUCUCUCUACUGCUCUCUCUCUCUGUAAAAUUCAUGUUUGACAUGACGACGACGGCGACGACGGAGAACGCAAUUGAUCUUCAACAAAAUGAUCCAGUGGCGACUCAGAGUCCCGCCUUCUCUCUCCCUCCAUAUCCACAGAUGAUUAUGGACGCGAUUGAAGCUUCAAACGACCCAAACGGAUGCAACAAGACGGCGAUUGCGAAGUACAUCGAAUCGACUCAGAUCACUUUACCUCCGUCUCACAACACGCUUCUCAAUUACCAUCUCAAUCACAUGAAACAAUCAGGCCAGCUCGUGAUUGUGAAGAACAAUUACAUGAAACCAGAUCCAAACGGUCCUCCCAAGCGUGGCCGUGGCCGUCCUCCGAAACCUAAACCUGAUGUCGAUCCAAGCAACGCGGCGGCUGUGUCAGCUCCGUCUGCUUCUCCGCCGAGGCCUCGUGGUCGUCCUCCCAAAUCGAAAGAUUCUCAAUCGGAGCCAAAACCGAAGGCGCCGAGCAGUUCGGGAAGGCCACGUGGACGACCACCGAAGAAGCAGAAGACGGAAUCAGAGACGGUAAAGGCGGAAGAAACUCCGGCGCAGCCUGAAGGAGAGCGUAGAGGUCGUGGAAGACCACCGAAAGUGAAACCAGCUAUGGUGCCCGUUGGUUGUUAGACUUCUAUCAAGCCUCAAAAUGCUCUCUGGAUUAGAAGAAGAAUAAUCGAUAAUUUAGAUUAUUAUAUCGUUUAAUCGUCUAGUUUAUUUUUAAAAUUUUAAUUUUAAUUUGCUGUGUUUGGUUUAUUGAUUAGAGUGUUGUUGAGUAGAGAAAUGUGUAGUUUCGACGUUUGCAUAUGUGUGAUGUAAAUUUGUCGGGUCUUCGACCCCUUCUCUAAAAAGUAACGGUUUGGUGAAAUAAUAUUCUUACCUAUGCAA